GAGGAAAGACAAAUACAUUGUUCAAAGUGUGGACAAUCAAAGUGCGGAGCUUGUGAGGAGGACGGAAUUACUGAACACAGCCCUGGAUUUUGCAUUUCUACCACACUGAAACAGAAAAGAAGGAGAACAGCAAAGGGAGGAUAACCCAGAGGCAGAUGAUGAUAUGGAAGCAUUGAUCUGAUUAGUCCUCUAAAUCACCUCCACAGUCUUUUUACUUGGAUUUUAACCAUGGGACCACUACACAAGCCAGGAUGGCAGAAGAGAAGCCGAAUCAAAAGUUGUGUGGAAAACCAGCACUCCAACAAGUCUUUCUCUCAACGCAGACAGUCCGCACCUUCUAUUAUUCUCAGCAAAGCUCUUACAAAGUCGAAACCUGUCGCCAGGAAUUGCGCAUCUCAGGUUAGCCAGGACAUUUUCGCCCUGAUCCAGUCUCUGCUCAGCCCAACAAGGAAGCUCAUUUGCCAAGGCAAUGUGGUGCUGCAGACUGGCCUUCAGACCCAAGAGAGAUUCCUCAUCCUCUUCAGUGAUCUUCUCAUUAUCACCAAGGCUAAGUCAGUAAUGCAGGUGAAGCAGAAGAAGUGUGUGCGUGUUAGUGAGAUGUGGACGGCCAGCUGUGUGGAUGAGGUGUGUGAGGCCAGUACCGCUUCAGAGAGGAGCUUUGUCAUGGGUUGGCCAACUUACAACUGUGUGGCUACUUUUAGCAUUUCAGAAGAAAAAGACAGGUGGCUGUCUCUCAUUCAAAGUUGUAUACAAGAAGAAAAACAGAGUGAUAAUCCGAAGAUGAUUCCACUAAAGAUAUUUGCAAAGGAUGUUGGGAACUGUGCCUAUGCAAAGACUCUUUUUAUCAGCAACACAGACUGCACCUCUGAUGUCAUUGGCACAGCACUGCAACAGUUUGGUCUUUCGGGUGGAAUAAAAGAUUAUAAGUUGUGGGUAUGUUCAAAACAAGAUGAAACACCAUACCCUUUAAUUGGUCAUGAGUUUCCUUAUAGCAUCAAGAUGAGCCACAUUCGCCUGCUGCAGCAAGAUGCAGUGACAUUAUCCUACAGCCAGAUAGCGCUUUUGCCUAUUGACACUCACUGCCAGUUCUUCCUGAGGCCCAGUCAAAUGAGUAGCACCUUCACAGAACAGAAAAGCAGGAGGAGGAUGUCUCUUAUUAGCUGGGCUUUUAAACGAGGCUUCAGCAUUGACCAGGAUGUUCAGUCCGAAUCUCCUGAUCAAACCAUUACACCGGCUUCUGGUCAUCUGUUUGGUCGGCCACUCAGUGAUGUGAUAAAAGACAAUACCCUGCCAUCACCCAUUGUUGACAUGCUGAAGUGUUUGUGCAGAGAGGGGGCCGUGACACAUGGAAUAUUCCGGCGCUCUGCUGGAGUGAAGGCCUGCCGAGAAUUGAGGGAAAAACUGGAUUCUGGUCACUAUGAAGAGCCACUGAGUGGACAACCUGUACUUGUUACUGCUUCAGUGUUCAAGGAAUUCUUACGCAGUAUACCGGGCAGCCUAUUGUGUGAGGAGCUCUAUGAGCAAUGGCUCCAAGCAGUGGAGCAGAAUGGUGAAAGAAAUGGACAAAUGACGGAGAGAAACCUGCUACAGAAAGUUCAGAGGUAAAGUCCCAGUAACACUCUGAUUAGUUUAUCAGGUUUUGUAAUGCUAGUUGGUAAAGAAGGAUAAAACCUUGAUAAUGAUGGAUCAAGGCUAUGAUAUUACAGUACUGCACACCUUAAGCAGAUUUAGAUUUAGUCGCCAAUUUCCUUUAGCUUUAUGAGUUAUAUAUCCGUGAAAACAGAUAACUUUGAUGUGCUUUCUGCGA